AUGGUGUGCAAAAAGUCUCUCGUUGACUGGCGCCCAUGCGGGGAUUACCGACGGUUAAACACCUCCACUGUGCCUGACAGGUAUCCACUUCCCCAUCUCCACGACUUUUCAUCUAGCCUAGCUGGAGCGACAAUAUUUUCCAACAUUGACUUAGUCAAAGCCUUCCAUCAGAUACCCGUUGCUCCAGAAGACAUUCCCAAAACGGCGAUUACAACACCGUUCGGUCUGUUCGAGUUUGUCAGGAUGCCUUUUGGGCUACGCAACUCUGCCCAAACUUUUCAACGUUUCAUCAACGAAGCCCUCCGCGAUCUACCGUUCGUUUUUGUCUAUGUCGACGAUGUUCUGGUAGCAAGUUCCAGUGAACACGAGCACCUACAACAUUUGCGUCUCAUUUUUGAACGAUUGAGCCAAUUUGGCGUUUUCAUUAAUGUUUCUAAAUGCGUUUUUGGCGCACAGUCGCUGUUUUUCCUAGGACAUCGCGUAGAUGCUUCUGGUUGUCAUCCCACAGAUGCCAAAGUUUCGGCUAUUCGCGAUUUCUCUACUCCCACUUCUUUUCAACAACUGCGCCGUUUUAUAGGCCUUGUCAAUUUCUAUCGCCGUUUCAUCCCUCAUUGUGCUCAAUUAAUGCUACCACUUACUAACCUUUUACGCGGGAACAAUCGCGAGUUUUCUUUUCCUGACACAGCUGUAGAGGCUUUCAAUCGUGCGAGGAAGGCUCUUGCGGAUACAACUGUCCUUGUCCACCCUAUACCUGAUGCCCCACUUUCCAUUGUGGCCGACGCCUCUAAUUUCGCUAUAGGUGCUGCCGUUCAGCAACAGACGCCCACUGACACCCAGCCCUUGGCUUUCUACUCUGCCAAAUUAACACCCCCACAAACUCGCUAUAGCACUUUUGGUAGAGAACUUCUUGCAAUUUAUUUAGCCAUUAGGCAUUUUCGUAAUUAUAUUGAGGGCCGAGAUUUUUGUAUUUAUACUGACCACAAGCCUCUUACUUAUGCCCUUUCUACUUCUUCUGACAAGUAUUCACCCCGCGAGGCCCGCCAUCUCGAUUUUAUUUCUCAGUAUACCACCGACAUUCGAUUUAUUAAAGGCCUUUAUAAUCAAGUUGCUGACUGUCUUUCUCGGCCUGGCAUUAAUACCAUCACCCGCCCUUCCAUCGACUUGGAGCGCAUGGCAGAACUGCAAAAUCAGCCGACGUUCAGUGAGAGCCUUCUACACACUAGUCUUCAACUCGAAGCCAUUCCUCUUUCCACCACCCCCGGUACAAUCUUGUGUGACGUAUCGCGCGGUGCCUCCCGACCCGUAGUGCCAAGCGAGAUGAGACGAGAUGUUUUUGCCGCGUUGCACAAUCUAGCUCACCCUGGCAUCCGCACUACCCAGCGCCUCGUCAGCGAGCGGUUCGUUUGGCCAAGCAUGAACACUGACAUCCGCCAGUGGACCCGCUCAUGUUUGGCCUGUCAGAAGGCCAAAGUCGGACGGCACAACAAAGCCCCCAUUGGCACUUUUCUCGCACCCGACGCACGUUUUUCACAUGUUCAUAUCGAUCUGGUAGGUCCCUUUCCAAUAUCUCGUGGUGGCAACUACUUACUUACUGCGAUUGACCGAUUUACUCGUUGGCCCAUUGCAACUCCCAUACCUAACAUAACUGCAAAUUCCGUUGCUCAUGCUUUUUUGGAACACUGGAUCUCUCAUUAUGGCGUCCCCUCAACAAUUACCACCGAUCGAGGUCAACAAUGCGAGUCUAGACUUUUUAACAGCCUUACCAACCUCCUCGGAUGUUCUCGCAUACGCACGACAGCAUACCACCCCUCAUCCAACGGUUUAGUCGAGCGUUUCCACCGGCAACUCAAAGCCUCGCUCCGAGCUCAUGACAACCCUUCCCAUUGGAGCGAGCAUCUGCCUUUGGUCAUGCUCGGUAUCCGUACCGCACUCAAGCCCGACUUGGAGUGUUCCGCUGCCGAACUUGUCUACGGUACUACCCUACGGAUUCCAGGUGAUUUUUUCGGGCACUCUCAAAGCUCAGGCGACUUGGAUCCCAGCGAUUAUGUGCAAAGAUUGCGCCAAGCCAUGACUCAUCUUCGAGCCACUCCUCCACGUCCUUCAACAAGUAAGUCGUACGUCGACCCGAACUAACAAACAUGUUCUUUUGUAUUUGUCCGCGUAGAUAGCGUUCGCCGGCCACUACAACAGCCCUAUGACGGCCCAUUUCGAGUACUAUCGCGCAAGGACAAGCACUUUACAAUUGACCGUGGAGGCCGCACCGACGUGGUCUCAAUCGAUCGCUUGAAGGCGGCUUAUACCGAGCCUCUUCCAACUUCUCCAACCGAACAACCCCUACUUGGCACAUUGCCACUUGCUAUUUCCCAGACUCCAUUUACGCCCAAUAACCCCGCGACUUCCCUUAUCCCACAGACUGCUCCCCUUACGCGCAGCGGUCGUCAUGUCCGUUUUCCCGACCGUUACCAACUUGUACAAUAUGCAUAACACUCCCAUAUUUUCCUUCUAUUAACAAUAAUUUUUUUUUGAACUCCGUUCUCCUAGGAGGGGGAGUAUUGUAGUGACAUUUAAGUCUGUUUUGUUUUAAUCAGUUACUAUACCCUUUGACACAACUUUGAAUAAGACAAAGAACACGCACGUGCACUUUUACCUGCUGACGACUUUGUUCUUAUUUAUAAGUUUGUAACUGUUGGGAUAUCGCUAUUUUCGUUUCCUGGAUAGCCUACUCGCUGUGCCCAACUAGUGGAUUAAUCUCUUAUAAGACAUUCACGCUAAUUGUCCAUUGCCAAAAUAUAUUAUAACUCGUUAGGAAAUUGCUUGGUAGCUACGUCAUCUGCUAAUAUCAGCUACAUGUGUGAAUAGCGUCAGCGUUUUUGCCUAGAUGGUUGUAUGGUUCUUUUAAUUAACUGCGGUCUAGACCGAGUUACAGGCAACUUCGCGGGGAUCUCUUGCAAGCCUUCCGCAUUAUAAAGGGGUUGGAUUGCAGUCUGGCCUUCGAGGACUUCUUUGAAUUUGCUACCACGACAAACCUCCGAGGUCACCCGUUAAAACUGCGCACUCAGCAGGCACGGCUGGAUGUGCGGAAGUUCUCCUUCUCGGUUCGGGUGGUUAAACCAUGGAAUGAGCUGCCCGCAGAUGUUGCGAUGUAACCAUCUAUACAGAGUUUUAAGAAGUAUCUGGACAUAUUUAUUCAGUUUUUUUCAGUUUAUUUGGUAAGGAUAAUAGGCAAAGCCUUCGAAAACCCUAUUGAUUACAUGUCAGCUCGUUAGAAAUAACUGUACGCGAGCAAAAAAUGUUCACUAUUAAAACAGUACUUGGUUCAUUUGAGCAGGAUUGUCUCAGAAAAAAUGUUUGUCUGGACCAGGGGUAUUAAUUCAGAUUCAGACUGUCGAGGGAAAACAGGGGACACAAAUAAUCAUCCAAGCGUUUCUUGAAGAGUUGCAGGGACGUAGCCUCCACGACUGACUGAGGAAGAUCGUUCCAUUUCUCCACUACCCUCUGCGUGAAAAAUUCAGAACGAAGAAUCAUCCUGGACAUUGUUGUCCGGAACUUCAUCGAGUGACCACGAAGAUUGGGUGAAAGGUGCCACUGAAACAUGUCCUCAAAUUUAAGCCCAUACUCAAGGCCAUGUAUUAUCUUGUAGACGAGGAUAAGAUCACCUCUUUGCUGCCUGUAACACAGAGGGAAUAAAUUAAGGCAAUUCAGUCUGUCUGUGUAGGAAUGGCUUUUUAGACCGUUUACCAGCUUUGUCGCACGCCGUUGUACUCGUUCGAGGCAUGCUUGGUCCUUUACUAGCCACGGCCGCCAUGCUUGUAUGCCAUAUUCUCAGUGGGGACGAACAAAUGUUCCGUAAACUCUCCCAAAAAGGUCUUGGUCAAAGUUAACGAAAGUCAUUUUGAUUGCAUGCAGCCCUCCCAUGGCGUUUUUUGCAGCGUUGUGGCACUGCAGUGUUGGUUUCAGGUUGUUCUGUAUCCAAACCCCGAGAUCCUUCUGUGAAGAUUCUGCGGGGAGCCUUAUAUCUUUCAUGUGAUAUGUCCUCAGGCUCUCAUGUGAACGAGAGUUGGUUGGACGCAGAUGAAGGAUGGCACACUUCUCCACAUUGAUAUCUAGAAGCCAUUUCUUCGACCACGCUUGCAGUCGGUGCAGAUUAUCUUGAAGAGAUCUCUGAUCAUUCGGACCCUUAAUGACUUGCCAGAGAUUAACGUCGUCUGCAAACAUUAUUUUGCCGCAGUCGAGUUCCUGAAGUCUGUCGUUAACGUAAAGGAUGAAGAGCAAUGGUCCCAGAACUGAGCCUUGCGGCACAUCACUGGUCACAUUCACCCAUUCUGACAUAUCAUCCCCGACACAGACACGUUGUUUCCGACCAACCAGGAACGCCCUAAUCCAGUUCAGAAGAUCUCCCCGGAUGCCGAUGGCGCUCAAUUUGUGAAGAAGACGUUGGUGCGAGACAGUGUCAAAAUCUUUGCGGAAAUCGAUGUAUACGACAUCGACCUCAAAACCCUCUUCUGGAGCCCUGGUCCAGAUCUCCAGACAAGCUAGCAGAUUUGAGAGGCAGGAACGUCCUCUCCUGAAGCCAUGUUGAAAAUCCUGCAAGAUGUUAUUUUCCUCACAAAAUUACUGUAUGGCGCUUUUUACUAGAGCUUCCAUCGUUUUGCAAGGGAGGCAAGUAAAGCUAAUAGGCCUAAAGCUACUUGCUGUCAUCCUGCUACCUCCCUUAUGCAAUGGAACGAGGUUAGCUGUCUUCCACUGUGAAGGCAGCCUUCCUGUUCUCAUUGAAAGCUCAAAGAGAGUCGAAAGAGGAUUUGACAGCUCCGUUGAUAGCUCCUUAAGUAUCAGCCCGGGAAUUCCGUCGGGUCCAGGAGACUUAUCAGUUUUUAUUUGACUGAGGACGCGUCUGACUUCUUCGACGGAAAAGGCGACAGUUUCAAUAACGGCAAUAUCUUGGCGCAUUUGAAGCUCCCGGCUAUCCCGGUCCAUUUCAAACUUCUGAUUGUCUUCUAGGGACUCCUCCGUAAAAACCGAUUGAAAAAACUGAGACAGUAAUUGCACUUUCUGUGGGCCUUCAACUACUAAGUUACCGAGGCUAUCCUUUAGACAUGCAAUUUCGUCCCUAUGUUUCCUCCUACUGCGGAUGUACCCGCAAAACUUCUUGGGACAUGUAAUGGAUUCUGCUAUCAGUGGACGCUCGAAAGAACUUCUAGCAACCCGUUUUUCUUUGCGGCAUUUAUUGCGCUGAUCCUUAUAUUCGGCGAGUGACCUUGGAUCUCGAAGUUGCAAAUACUUUUUCCAGAGUCUCUGUUUCUUCUUCAUGGUCUUUUUUGUCGUCGGAUUGACCCACGGCGGUCGUGAACAUGGUCUUGUCAUUUUUAUUGGACAAUGGGAAUCAAUCAGACGCUCUAUAAUCCCGCGAAAGUACUGCCAGAAUUCGUCUGAAUCUUCUGUGUUGACCAACCAGGUUUCCUCCAAAAGUCUGCGACUCAUUGCGUUAUAGUCACCCUUCCAAAUAUUUCUGCGCGUCUUGAUUUUUGGUUGUUGGUUGGAUAGGAGAGAGCACACGCAGGUAAAAGCAAUAUGAUCGCUUAAACCGAGUGGAGGUUGUGGAUUCACUUCCUUUAUGAGUCCUUCUUCUUUACUGAAAAUGAGAUCUAAACAAUUAAAUCGUUGUCCUUCUCUCAGUCUUGUUCCGAAUUUUGUGUGCUGAAUGAGGUAUUCAUUCAGGAAGAGUUGUAGUAGCUUGUGGUCAAAUGACGUGGACGGGGCGUUUGUUAGGGGAAUGUUCCAGUCUAUUCCUGGAGCGUUGAAGUCACCCAGAAGUAUUAAGUUCUCCUGCUUACAUAACAACUCCAGUGCACUAAGUAAUUGCAUAUCGGCGAAUUCAUUCGAACUGGGAGGCGAUAGACAACACACAGGCUCAGUAUCGGCAAUUGUUUGAUACAUAUCUUGCAUGAAAUUAUUUCAAAAUUUCGGGGCGCACCAUCGGAAAUUUCUCGUUGACAGCACGCAAUUUCAUUUGACACAUAAAUAGCUGUGCCUCCUCCUCUACGGUGAAAUCUGUCACAACGGAACAGUUGGUAGCCUUCAAUUCUGACUUCGCUACUAUUGAUUUCCUCAGUCAACCAUGUGUCUGUUAGGACAAUUAUGUGUGGCUUCUGUUCAGAGACAAGUAAUCUGAGUUCAUCUAGCUUGUUAAGAAGACCCUGACAGUUAGUGUAAUAGAUUUCUAGACAGCGGCCACUGGUUCGAGCAGCCUCAGGAGCUGGCACGUUUGCAUCGGUUAGGCUGUCAGAAUGACGGCCUUCGGCCAGAGAAAUGUCCGUUUGACCUGAAUUAUUUGUCCAUUCUUGAUUUGUAGGUGUGUUUCGCCGCUGUUUCUCCGCUUUUCCAGCUCCGUCAUCAACUCUCUCAUUUUCAUUCGCUCUUUUGGCCCGUAAUCCGGCUGAAAAAAAACUUCAGGAUGCUGACCCGUAGAGAGGAUUUUCUUUGUAACAGGAGCUGGGCUUGUGCUUCAGUCUCCAAAAUGACUUUUAGGGGUCGAGGCCGGGAAUUUGAACCGGAUGCUGACUGACUCUUCCCUAUUCGGAAUGCUUUGAGAACACUUAUGUUCCGAAAUGACCAAGAGCGAUGAGAAGUCGAGCUCACCCCCUGUAACUCCUCAUUUUGUCCCACCAUUAUGGGCGUGUUCGAACUAUUUUAGCCCACAACAUCUAUCUGUACAACACACAUUUUUUACGUUGCAAAUAGGGUACUCAAAGGCUUACGCCUAUUUCCUUCAAUAAACUGAACUGAACCGAACUGUCUGCCACUAGAGAGAUAACUAGAAGCAUUACAUGACAAUGCAUUUUGUUCAUCAGCAGUUUGAACUCUAUAGCACCACCCGGGCAGGUAUUUGUGCUGCGGAAUUCAAAAAAGGCGACCUGACUUCAGGGGCUAUAACAAAGAAAAUGUUCAUUUUCAAAUCCGAUUUUUUAACAGUUCUGAUUCCACUUAAAAUUCUAUACGCUGCCUGAUUAAGCUGUUGGAUAUUUCCUUCGCGCAAUCGCUAGUGUCGCACGUUGGACACUCUUUAGAUUCUUCAAAAAUGUGCAGAGAACAGAAGCAUACGUGCAGUUAAGAUGAAAAUCAUGUGUAACUGCUGUUAUCGGAGAGCAACAGUUACACUUUUCCAUGGUUCACAUUCAGUACCGUAUUAAUAAGUUCCAUUUUGGAGAUAAAAUUAGUUUUAAUCAUCUCAUUUAUAAUUUUGGGAACCACCAUUAGGAAACUACUUUAUUCUAUGCUUUUAUUGUUAAAACUUCAUUUGCAAUUCUCUCCACUGAGCAAAAUGAUAAGAACGUCACUGGCUUUGGGAAAUAUGCGUGUUUUUUGGCACAUGUAUGAUAUUAGAGCCCAACUUAUCGUUACAAACACAUGCUAUAACCUAUGCUUUCCGUGUGGUAAGAAGGCUGUGUAAAUAUAGCAAAGAUCGAGGCGAAACAUAAUCACUUUCCCAGUGCGUAUCACAGUCUAUGCUGUUCACCGUAGGAUAUAUACAAUUGCCCGAGUAGUCAGCGAUGUCGUAUCAUGAUCCACAAUAAAUACCAACAAAAAAUAAAAACAGUAACAGAGCAGCUUUACGUGAUCCUCAUUCCAUUGCUGGGACAGAGCUCAUACACUAUUAGGUAGAGGAAGUAUUGCGGUUAUGCAUAGGGGCAUAAGCAAACACUUUCAGUUACUCCAAUACGCCCACGAAAAUUGCAAUCGCAAAAUGUCGUCUAAAAGAAGUGAUAAACAAAACAGCACGAAUUCGUAAGCAGUGCUGUGCGAUUAAAACCAGCUUUUAUGGGAACAUAAAAUAAAUUAGUUUUGCGUGACGAGUAGACACUGCCAUGAAUAUCGGCAAGUUCACGGCCUUCAAGUUUUGUGAUAGACUAGCUUCUCAGCCUACGGUUUGGUCUUCGUUUUUUUUCGUUUGCGGCUUUGUUAAUUGGGCAUGUACUAACUGCGAGGGAGCAUAGAGGUUUCAUUGCUGAUCUCCUUUCUCCACCAUAGUACUGUAUUACGUUUCGAAACUGAAAAACAAUGUACACGUCACAAGAUAUACUCAGUAUUAUUUCGUCUGUGAAAUCUGACGUAUACACCUCCAUCUUGCCCAAGGACAUUCAAGAAUCAUUGAAAACGUUGGCUUUCGGAUUUCGCAUUUAAAAUAAGCUGGGUAUUCCGCUUAAAAACACUUGUUUUUUGUAUAUUUUACUGUAUGCGAUCUCGCAUGCGUCGGCGAAUUUAAAUUUCGAAAGCUCAUCCAAUAGGAUAUUUGUUGAUAGUGUCGUCUCAAUACAGCAAGAUAGGAUGCAAAUUAACAAAUGAGUGUUACUAUUGAAGUUGGAACUUUUUUCUAUAAAUGCAAUUCUGUUGUGCCAAUGAACGUAGGAAAUCACAGGAGACGCUAUUAUUGUAAUCGGCUUAGGUCAUCCGGAGGAAUAAUAUAUACGCCCCAUAGUCAUACAAAACCAAAACUUCCAAACAUUCGUUAACUUAAAAAACCUGACUUUUUACCCUUGCGAUAUCUGAGGAGUGGCUGCUUAAUGGUAUAUUAGACGAAUUAUACGAGUAAAUGUUGUUCAGUUCAUCUAUAAUAUGUUUAUAAAAAUAAAUCCAUUCCAGGACAUUUUUAGUUGAUGUCUUGCAAAUCACUCCUGUGUAAAUCGUAUUUAAUUUGAUUUAGUUUUCGCCUAAUUUCCUUUUAAAACAAGUUUGCUCAUUUAAUGUCCGAUAAACUAUAACUUAUUGGACGCUGUUCGAAAGCUGAAGGUCUACAGAGCACGAAUUUCGUCUUCAGUGUUCACACCAAUCAAGGAGGUUGCCGUAGAAUUUCAUUUUGUAACGAUAACAGGUAAUGGAUAAGUAAAAGGACCGUGGACGAAGACCUUGAAUCUGUUCGACGAACAAUUGUUGUACAUUUUGCAGUAAAAACUUUGAUAAAAAAAUACUGAUGCGUCGGACAUGUUUUUUUCCAGUGUAAACGCCAAUUAAACAACAACGAAUAAUAAACACUUAACUCUAAGUAGGGGAUGCUGCGUUUCUCAUGGGAUAAACGACGACGGCAAAAAAGAGCAUAGAAAACGCACAAAAAAUGAAGCCCUCUCCAGAAUCGGUAUUCGUAGGGUGAAUGCUCCGGGUAAAGUCUCGAUCCGUAGUCAGUUACUUAAGCUUUUUGCUCGGGUGAGUUCACGUCCAGCUAGACACGACCGAAAAAUAUAAAUGUUUUGUGGCGACUGACUGAAAGCGAUUGUGGCGCAUGAGUUCAGUCAACUAAACAAUGACACCAAACAGCAGACGGAGAAAAAAGACAUGCGUUGUCCUAAGCCGAAACCAUGUGUGUGUAUUUGCGCGAAUUUAAACAACAGUACAGAGAAGUUCAGGUUUACACGGAAGUUGGAACUGAAAAAUCGAAAAAGUACAUGAACUUACAGAAAUCCCCCACCAGAGUGUUUGUUGUAUAGAAAAAACGCUCGAUAAAAAAUACAAAAAUUUACAUCACAAAGCCUUUGGGUUUGGCAGAAAAGUGGAAAAUUCUACCAGAACGAUAUAAAGUGUGCAGUGGAGUAGAAGAAGAAAUAGGAUGGGUGGGAGGGGGUGGGGUGGGCGAGUAUGGGGGUUGAGUGGAGGACGUAAGGGUCCGGUGAGGACGGUGCAGAGGAAGUAGUUGGCACAACGGGCGGCGAAAUGCACUCAAGAUAGACUGGCUUAAGUCUGUCAAUGGCGACCGUGCGAGCCUUGUCAGCCCUCUGAAUAACGUAAUACCUGUCCAUCCGCUGAAAAUCGGAUGCCCAAAUCACCAGAGGGAGAUUAUCAUUCCAAGAUGCUGGUUCUGGAUGGGACAUCCGCGCGGACUUGGGCUGACGGUGUAGACGCAAAGGCUAACACCAGACAGGCGCGAGAAUUCCUCGAAGCUUGGCAUUCUGGCACGACCAGCAUCAACCGCCACGUCGAUUUAGACGCCCAUUACGAGGGUUUACGUACACGCUCACUGUCUCGUUCCCACACCUCAACAUUUGCUAACCCCCACUCGGCCACAUAGACGUAUGCUGUUUCGCUUUUCCGCUCCCCCUUGCGACACGGUGAACAACAACCUAAACCCCCCCUAACACCUCCAACGCCGGCGCAUUGCCCCCCGAUCUCAUCCCGCAACAGUGACCAGCCGCCCGCAUCAAUGACCAGCCACCCGCAUUCCCACUGACUCGCAAUCCCCACCCCCCCUCCCCCCCACGUUUUCACCGCCUCCAACACUGAGAGCCCUAACGGUUCUUCCUUCCCUUCCUCUGCCCCACGGCGUGCCACAACUAGGUGCCCACCCCUCUCACCCAUUAGCUGUCUGUUUGUCGUUGUCUGUCCUGUCGCGCCAGCCGACCUAGUCUGCCGACUUCACUUUCCCUCUGUUCAUUUCGUCUGACGACGGGUCGGUGUCACCGACUUGAAAAUUUACGAGUACAACUCAAUAUUCCGAAGAGCCUUCACUUUCUCAUAUAUAUAUAUAUAUAUAUAUAUAUAUAUAAUACAUAUAUAAAAUUAAUAUUCCCGAUCACAACCGACAGGACAACGGGCCCGUGGCCCAAAAGAAGAGCGUCAAACUCCACGACCAAAAAAGAUGUGUUCGAAUCUCAAGUGAUCCACACAUGGGGUUAGGUGUGAAUGACUGGUGACGGCUAAUAAGCCAGAAAUAUCCAUUCUGGUCUCCCUUGUCUUUGUCGGUAGCACCUACUUUACAUCAUUUUACUAGUCGCUGUGCGACAACCUACGAGGGUUCUAGUGUGAGUCCCAAGGCACAACGGAACGAGUAUGUUCCGUAACCUGACCGGUGAGCGCCUACUGUAAUUAUAUAUAUACCACCUCUGAUCUACACACAUAUAUAUUAUAUAUAUAUAUAUACAUAGGCAGAAUGACAUUUCCGACAAAGACACGGGAGAAUGUAAUGGCCAUUUCUGGCCUAUUAGCGCCGAAGUGUGGAACACCCAAGGCUCGAACUCGUGACCUGUUAGUUAGAAGUCCACGCCUCUAACCAAUGGGUCACGAGCCCGUUGCCCUGUCGGUUUCGAUCGGGAAUAUACAAUUGUAGGGGGCGCUCACCGAUGGUUAUUACGGAACUCACUCGUUCCGUUGUGCCUUAUGAGUCCUCUCUCGAGCCCAACCAGCAACCGCAAAACGGCGCAUGAUGUCGGUAAUACCAGUCUGCCUAUAUAUCAUACGCCGCUGUGCGGCUGCUGGUUGGGCUCGUGAGAGAGAGCCCGCAAGGCACAACGGAACGAGUGAGUUUUGUAAGAACGAUCGGUGAGCGCCCUCUACUAUAUAUAUAUAUAUAUGUAUUGGAAGGUAAGCAUCCCAAGAAAUAUAAGUUGAAAUAAGAGGCGUUCUUUGGGAAAUGGUACUUUAUUGCGUGAAGUUUAGACUCCGGUUCCCCAGGUCGUCGUCAGAUGCAGACUGAGAGUAAAUGUACCAGCAACAGUUAACAUUUGGCAGUGCACAUAAAAAAUAAAUAAUCGUUCGCGUUUGAGCCCGCGAGCGGCCGCUAUUUGCGCCAUUCCGUCCCGACUGGCUCUCGUCUCUUCUAUUUCUCCUUGGGACUUUUGUACGAGGCGUCCAACUCGAUAUGACGGUUGACGCACGAUGCAUCCGAGUGCAUGGCCUCAAGGAACUCUCGGCUUUUCUUGAAGGGGCAGGCACCGACAAGCAAACGUAUGCCUCGUGUCUAGGGAAGGCAUGGCUACUUGAGUCAGGUGGUCUCGCCUCUUUACUGCAAGUUGGUGUUCGUGAAUGCGCGGUGAGGCAAAUUUUUCCUGUUUGACCACGAUAAACUGCAUCAAAGACCUCACAUGGGAUCUUCUAGACAACUUCCUUUCUCUCGAAAUAGCCGACCCUAUCGUUAGGGUGUACUAUCUGAGUACGUAGUGUAGUCAAUGGUCUGUGUGCCACCAGAAUUUGGUGCCUCUUUAGGUGCCUUUUCACGAGUUCAGACGCGUUUUUGAUGUAAGGGAGGGUUCGCCAUGUAUUUGGCUUGGGUGCCUGACUGGAAGUUCUUUGUUCACUUUCCUUUUACUCUUUUUGUCUCCUGCAUCUGCGCACAGAAUCUUUGGAGCAUCCAUUUCGGACAAAUAAUUUACACAAGUAGAUUAGUUCGGCUCAGUAGCCUUCUUCGUCCGCGCAGUGUUUUUGCCCGAUUAAGCAGAGAUUUACACCACCUAAGUGUUCAUUUUUACCGAGCUCGAUUUUCGCAGGUAUCGUCAAUCAAUAUGCUUUUGCCCACUUGCUUUGGCGGAGUAAGUCAGGAGUAGAGGGAAGAGGAUCACCCAACAAGUAAAUAGAAAUCUAAACGACUACCACGGCAUUAGUGACCCACGUUGUAGUUACCGACUGCCAGGCCGACGACUGCUCUCCUAUCUAAGCAUUUCCAACAUGCCUUAAGGACUUUUGUAAAAUCCCUACUGUAUGUAACGGUAAAUUUCGUAAUAGAUUUGCAACUUCAAUUUCAAUUUCAAUUUCAAUUAUUUUAUUAAAGACCCGUCGGGGUCCCAUCAAAGCAAGUAAAAAUAAAUUUACAUGCAAAUUUUAGACGAUGUAGGCAAAAUCUGCACAAAGUGCAAUGCAUAGUUUUUGAGAUUAGAAGUCCGUUAAGCAAAAUGAAAAUGUUUUUUGGAAAUAUUUGCAUUGAAAUCUAUGCCCUUCUCUUAACCAUAUCGUGGUAAUAAUACAGUAACAAUUUUUGAAAACAUUUUCAAAUAUUUUGCCAUAAAAAUAUUGCGGCAGUUGGUAAGAUCAGUCUCAAUGGUUCUUCAAGCACGAACAUUGCUGCCACGUUGGAAAUGACCACUUCAACUGUUUACACCAUUAUUAACCGUUAUGAGAAAUUCGGCCACAUUGACAGGACGUCUGGUAGAGGAGAAGUGAAAAGCGUUCGAACCGUCGACGUAAAAAGUCUGGCUGGGAUCGUAUUCGUUGCGGUACUGUCCGUAGCAUAAGGAGGAUGGCUUUGGGGCCUGAGAUGUCGGAGCACACUGUCAGGAGUGUUGCUAAAAAGGACAUGUGCUGGAUGUGCUAGGUGUGUCGGGGCUGCGGUCAAUUCCGCUCUCGUGGAUACGCAUGCGACCGAAUAGGCCCAUGCGAUGCGUGAAUGUGCGAGGGCAGUGUGGACAGCAGAGGCGGGUGCGGCGGGUUGGUGAUCCAUGCACUGGUUCACUAGUCUCUGUGCGAUGGAUUCGCAAAUGACGGACCAGACCGAUUUAUGACGUCAAGUUGCGUGUGCAGUGAGACCGGGUCCUCAUCACUCGUGUUGAUGGCAGUGGAUUUUGUGUUCUGUGGUGUGUCAAGAUUGUGUAUAAUGUUGAUGGGCAUGGCAGAAGGUGAGGCGGUGGAAGAGAAGGAGGAGGAUGGUAAUGGUGGUUCGGCGGGGCCAUUAUAGUUAGUUGGGCUGGAUGGAGAGACGACGGUUGGAGCAGUCCGGGUGAUGCAGUUGAUCCGAAGGUGUCCGACAAGUCCAGUUUGAGCCCGGAAUGUCCGUUAACCUCGUUAACAGGCGGCGGCAAUUGAGGUUUGUGUCUCGAGUUUGGUUUUGACGGCGGUGAUGCGGUUGACUUCGAAGAUUGCUGCGCCUGUCUUCACUGUCCUCCUCCAGGUCGGUCAAUCGAGUGCGAGGUCUUUCCAAUUUGCCGGGUUGAUCUGCAGGCGCUUCAGGGAGUUUUUCAGAGUAUCCUUAUAGCGCCGGACUUUACCAUCUCGGCGUCGGGAACCAGUGGAGACGGUUAAAUAGAAGAGUCGUUUGGGUAGCCGCUCAUCUAUUCGCAAGAGGUGGUUGCAGUUGUCUAAGCAUGACAUAGAUGCUGAUGAUUUCCACCCGCUCGAGUACGUCCGUGUCUGGGAUCCAGUCCUGCCACCUCAGCUUCAAUAUUCAACGAAGACAACUGAGGUGGAAGCGGUUGAGUCUACGUUCACGCUUCAUGUACACCGUUUAGGUCUCUGUUCCAUACAACAACGUCGGUGAGAUGAUGGCCUUCUACAUCUUCAUUCUCGGGCUGACUUAAAGGCCGUAACAAUUUCAGACUGAGUUUUGAAGAUGACCGAAGCCCGACUUGUCUUGAAAAUCCAGCGGCCUACUUCAUCGUCAAUUUUUUGUUGCUGGAAGGGAUGCUGCCCAGAUACGUGAAAUUGUCCACCACUUGCACUUGGAUUCGUUCACGCCGAUUUUCGGCGCAUUGUACGUACUGUCGGAUGGCAAUUGAUUCAUUGCCACCAUCUUCUCCGUACUGAUGAUCAAACCGAAAUCCUCGCAGGCGGCGGAGAAGAGGUCCAUGCCCCUUUACAUGCCUCCUUCAGUCUUCACAUUAAAGGCGCAGGCAUCGGCGAACAGAAGUUUUUGGGUGGCUGUUGUGGAGAAACGUGAUUGAAAGUGCAUACGCCGGUGAUUGAGCAGUUGACAGUCCGUCCUGUAGAGGGUGACGAUCCCGGGGCGAGAACAUAAGACUGAAGAGGGUGGGCGCGAGAAUACAGCCCUGGUCCAUUCCGUUUGUCACUGCGAAUGCCUCCGGGACAGCUCCAUUAUCCGUGACGCGCGCCAUCAUGCCAUCGUGAAGCUGACGCACCAUCUGAGCGAAUCGUUUGAGACAGCUGAGUUUCGGCAUGAUUUUUCACAGUCCGUCACGAUUCACCGUAUCGAAGGCAGGUGGGGCCGCAUCUCCUAACACUCCUCCUGAAGUUGGCGGGCAGCAAAGAUAAUGUCCGUGAUCCUUACGAUGACGGCGGAAAUCACACUGGCUUUCCGGCAAAAAACUUUGAUCCAGCUGAUUAUUCGGGCGGUUAGAAGAAUGCGAAAGAAAACUUUUCCCGCGGUGUUUAGCAAGGAGAUGCCUCGUUGAUUUUCACAGAGCUGGCGGUUUCCUUUCCGUUCAUGUCGAUGUACGAUUGGAGCGUCCUUCAAAUCCUGCGGGACUUCUCCUUGACGCCACAUCUCCUGGGUGAGCGUCGUCAGAUGAUCCAUGAGUUGGGGCUACCGUGCUUGUAGAUCUCAACAGGGAUCGCGUGCGAUCGGGGCGCUUUCUCGCCAGAGAGCUACUGCACGACCUUGACGGUCUCGUGGAGAGAGGGCGAGAGGUCGAGGUCAGCGUUGAUCUUUACUUGCGACAAAUGAGCGAUGGCGGCGUCGGAGAUGAUGUAGGGAUGUUUGAGGAGGCCUCUGAAAUGUUCGACCUAUUGCUGAAUAAUUUGUGUCUUCUCCGUGGGUAGGGUACUUUCGUCGGCGCUGAGGUGAGGAGCGGUGUCUUUCGUCGGCGGACCGUAGACAGCUUUGAUCGCGGAGAAGAUGUUCUUCCAAUCGUUGCGGUCCGCGUACCCAUGUAUCUCCUCGACGUUGCGAGCCGUCCGGCCAUCCUGCAUCUCGCGCAGCCGCUGUUGCACAAGGCGGCGGCUAUGAUAGAAGGCUGCUUUGUUGUUGGCGGUGGAGCUGUCGACGUAGGCUUUGUGCAGGCGGUUCUUCUCGGCGAGCAGGUUGCUGAUGGCGGCGUCAUUGUCAUUAAACCAGUCUUGGUGCUAGCGACGUGUGUGACCGAGGACGGCCAGGACUGUCGCCCGAACUGUGUCCCGCAUCUGACAUCAUCGAUCCUUCACGGAGGCGUUCUCGUCAGCGGCGGCGGCAUCAGCGACUGUUAG